GUUUUCUUCCCCGAAAGAAUUUAGUUAGAGGAGGAGGAGGCCGAGUUGAAAAUGGCCGACGGCGUGGAUCACAUCGACAUUUACGCUGAUGUGGAAGAAGAGUUCACGCAGGAGGCCGAGUACAACGUCCACGAGCAGAUCGACCUCUACGAUGACGUCAUCUCGCCCUCCGCCAACAACGGGGACGCCCCGGAGGACCGGGACUACCUGGACGCCCUGCCCACGGCCGGCGGGGACGGGGGCAAGGGCGCCCCGCCCAACGUGGUCUACACCUACACGGGCAAGAGGAUCGCCCUGUACAUCGGCAACCUGACGUGGUGGACGACUGAUGAGGAUUUGACGGACGCCAUUCGCUCUGUCGGGAUUAAUGAUGUGUUGGAGAUCAAGUUCUUUGAGAACCGAGCCAACGGCCAAUCAAAAGGGUUCGCUCUGGUCUGCGUGGGGUCGGAGGCGUCCUCCCGGAAGCUUCUGGAGCUGCUGUCCAAGCGGGAGCUGCACGGGCAGAACCCCAUCGUCACGCCCUGCAGCAAGCAGUCCCUCAGUCAGUUCGAAAUGCAGUCCCGCAAAAGUACGCAGUCAGGGCAGAUGUCUGGGGAGGGCAAGGCCGGGCCCCCUGGCAUAGGCCCCCGCGGGGGCUUCCCCCUGGGCCGAGGGAGGGGGCGUUUCCCUGGCCCCCCCGGCCCCGGAGGCGACCGGUUCCCAGGCCCCGUGGGACCAGGAGGCCCCCCGCCACACUUCCCAGGGCCUGGGAUGAGGCCCUCCGAGCUCGUUCCCCACAGGCACCAGGACGGCCAUCUGAUGGACAUGAAUUUCAAUUGCUUCCAGCCCAGAGAUGGGAGCUGGCGACCCAGAGGAGGCCUACAAGGACCACCCCGCCCGCCACCUGGCCCGCCGGGCCCCCCCGGUCCACCCGGGCCCCCUCCCCCAGGACAGGGUCUCCCCCCACCCAUGUCAGGGCCGCCGAACCGCGGCGACCGCCCCCCGCCCCCCGUCAUGUUCCCGGGCCAGUUCGGCCAGCCCCCGAUGGGCCCCAUCCCGCCCGGCCCCCCGCCCCCCGUCCCGGGCUACGGCCCCCCUCCGGGACCCCCUCCCCCGCAGCAGGGCCCCCCCCCUCCGGGUCCCUUCCCGCCGCGGCCCCCGGGGCCCAUCGGCCCGCCCCUUGCCCUGGCCCCGCCCCCCCACAUGCCCGGCCCGCCCCCCGGAGCUCCGCCUCCUGCCCCCCAUGUCAACCCCGCCUUCUUCCCCCCGCCCGGAAACAGCAACAUGCCCUCCUCCGACAGCCGGGGGCCCCCCCCCAACGACCCCUACGGCCGGCCGCCUCCGUAUGACCGGGGGGAGUACGGUCCCGCUGGCAGGGAAAUGGAGGCCGCGCGGACGCCCCUGAGCGAGGCGGAGUUCGAGGAGAUCAUGAACCGCAACCGAGCCAUCUCCAGCAGCGCCAUCUCCCGGGCGGUGUCCGACGCCAGCGCAGCGGACUACGGCAGCGCGAUCGAAACGCUGGUGACCGCCAUCUCGCUGAUCAAGCAGUCGAAGGUGUCGGCGGACGACCGCUGCAAGGUGCUGAUCAGCUCCCUGCAGGACUGCCUGCACGGCAUCGAGUCCAAGUCCUACGGCUCGGCCUCCAGAAGGGAGCGGUCUCGGGAGAGGGACCACAGCCGGUCCCGGGAGAAGAGCCGCCGCCACAAGUCACGCAGCCGCGAACGGCACGAGGACUACUACCGCGAACGCAGCCGCGACCGGGAGCGGCACCGCGAGAGGGACCGCGACCGGGAGCGCGACCGCGAGAGGGAGUAUCGCCACCGCUAGGGACAGUAGAGCCAUUUAAAGUUUGCUAGAUGAAAAGCAUUGUACAGUUGUGCUGGCUGACCCUUCGUGCCCGGAGGACUAGGUAAAAAAAAAAAAAAAAAAAAAAUCCAGGGUUGACUUACCCUGUGAUAUGAUCAAAAUUAAUUAAGAAGAAAAACACAAACCUUGUGAAAAAGCAUGUCGAACCCCUUCAGAAUACAAAAUGUGUGGGUAUUAGUUCAGGAACUCAGACUAGGAACAUCUACUGCUGUCAGAAAUGAAUGAGUUUGUUUGAAUGUUAUGCCAAAAAGUGAGUGGUGUAUGUGUUUAUUCGACUAAUUAACAAAGUUGUCCAUGUGUACUUGACCGUUUGUGAUUGGAGAGAAUGUCUUAUCUGCACUUCUUUGCCCUGUCUCCUUAGGGUAGCCACUGAAGAGCUUUUUGUGUCAGUCUUGACUGUUAAUGCAACCCUUAACGUUUCACUUGGCCUUACAGGUGCUCUUGCGCUCAGCAGAAAUGACUUAGCUGUUUUUCCAGGUUUACCUGUAUCGCCUGUGAUGUUCGAGUAACCCCGCUCUGUUCCAAAGUGUUGACUUUUCUCUCUCGAAUAAUGAAUGACUGCAUACUGUUGUGUCUGGCUACACUGAUGUCUGUUGUGGGUUUCGAUGCAGAGGGGAAAUUCACCUCAAAACAAAUAUGCUAGCUGCGUAUUUAGUUUUGUGGGGACGCCUUACCGACAAUUUUUUUUUAUUAUCGCUGCCAUUUCCAAAUAGUUUUGAGCCUCUGCUUUAUACAGCAUGUUACAUUUCAUCAGAGCAAUUUGGACAUUUCAAUUACAAAUGCAAUAAUUUUUCACAAAUGAGUUAAACAAAUUGGCGUUAGUUGCACAAAUGCGAACAAGCAAUGCCUAUAAUUUUUGGGUGGAAUUCCCCUUUGGCACAACCUGGUAUUUACUGAAUAAACCUAUCAGUCCUUGAAAAUCAGUCUUGUUCAAUAUUGUUGGUUAAGGGGAAAUAACAUCUAAUGAAAUCGGUGGAAAAUUUUAUCCCUUUUGAAGAAGUUGGUUUUUUGGAAUGUUUUUUGCUAAAUUCUAAGUCGGUGUUCUAGAACUCCAUUGCUUUCACAUUACCGGCUGUGAUUGUUACAUCAGCGUUAGAAUGUUCAGUUGAGAACAUUCUAAUGACAUAGUUGUGAUCUUAAAUGCCUUAAAGGGUCAAUAAUGUUGCACACGAGUCUUCAGUCUCAACUCAGUCUGAUUUUCCCAACUUGUUUACCAUGUAAAGGAUUCUUAAACCCAUCAAUUUUGGCAAACCACUUCGAGUUCACGCAUGCAUGAACAUUAGACAAAUUAUAACAUUGUAGAAACAGCAGGCUGAUGGAUUAGGUGCUUUUGAAUGUGAACCGAUUUCAACAUUUCUCUGAUUUAUUGGGUUGAGCUUUCCUUUAGACCGUUCACCUGGUGAUCGAGUUGGGGAAAUCAAUCCAAAUUGGGGCUUCAGCUAUUGAGUUGAGCGCCUCUAUGUGCAACUGCAUCUUUAAGAGCUUUUUUGGGCAAAAAUAUUCCAACAAACGCAAAAGCCAUGAUGACAUGAGUGCAUUGUUUGUUCAUCACGUUUGGUACUUUUUCAUGUGUUGAAUGGAAAUCCUCAGAAAAGAUGUGACCGUUUCCUGUAUUGUCUGUACAGAUUGCAUGCAUGUAGAGCUUCCUCCCUCUGUUUGCACGCUUAUAAAGCUGUUUAGAUGGAGCGUUUAUACUGUGUUCUCAUAUGUGUGGAGUAUUUUAAUUUCUCUGACCAGAACCCCUGCGGUCAUGCCCCCCCCAUCUUAGAUCAGACCCCCACCGUAAUAAACGCCAAUCUGGGAGAAGGAGUUUGACUGUAUUCUGUUCUCACUGAGCACAGUGAUUUUAUUUAGGAAAACGUUUACCAUUCUGGAUUUAUGAUUUAUUUAUUUCUUCUUCCCGUGAUUUUUCUAAUUGCCCGUAUUUCAGACGCACGGCCUGCUGGCCUCUAAAAGCCUCCGCUUGUCCACUGUGACGAUAUUAUCUAGCAAUAUCUUCGGAAUAAAUUAGGAUUGAUCAGAUUCUUGUCACAGGUGAAUUUCGGUACUAAAUACUGUUCGCCUCAUCGUUGCUUUUCGUCUACUUUUGGUAGUCUAACUACUUAAACACCUCUGUCAUAAAACACUUUUGACCAUAUUUAUUAGCAUUCAUAGGUUAGGCAUUUCAUUUCUGAAAAAUGGUCCACAUCAAAUAUGUUUUGGCCUGCGAUUAAUGCAAAAUUGCCUGUUUUACUUCUUCAACUCGUCUCUUAGUGGUACAUCACCUCUUGGUAAUUAGCAGUAAUUCUGCAGUAAGCAGACAACCAACAUACUGAAUAUUGGCUGUGGUGUGUCCCUGUUACCUCAGUCCAAAGCCCUAUGAUUUAACUUUGUCUAUAAAUUGUGGCUCGCCACAGAAGCUUUGCCGAAUUCGGUAAGCCCUGGCUACAUGUUGGGCGACUGGCCGCACAACCAAUUUUAAGGUCCAUGAAGGUCAUGUAUUCACACACAGCCCCGCAGUCUUAUGUAUUAUUUUAUAAUAGUCAGUUUACUGAUGAUAAACAUUGAGUGGAAAUAUUCAUUGGACUGAUCCCCAAAAUGUUAAUGAAUCUGAAUACGAUCUGACUUUCUAGUCAGUAAUCAUCCAUUCCGUGUAUUUUUUCCGCUACGAUCUGUCGACUCCAAGUUGAGUAACAGCGUGGUCCUUACCGUAUUGCUUGCCACGUUCCAAAAAAGGGACCGUUUCUCAACGAGCGGUUUUGUUUCGUUUCUUAAUUCCUUUUCACCAAAAUGCUUUUCAAUUUUUGUUUUUUUUAUUUUUAUUUUUAAGUACUGACGCGCUUGCAUGUUGGUGUCUGACUCCGCCCCUUUCUUCCGUUUCCUAGUUAGUGAGAGAUAGUCAAUGCUGUGUCAAUCAAAACCAGAAUGAUGUGUCAAUCAAACCAAACUCCGCCCUUCGUUCUGACACAUUUUCAGCUGCAGGAGGAGGAUCAGGAUCGCAAGUCACGCCCCCUCAACCCCCCCACCCCCACCCCGCCGGCCCCCACAGGGACACGCCCACAACGUCUGUCCGUCCAUCCGUCUGUCUGCACAGCCUCGGAAAGGAGCGACUCAUUGUCUAAAGCUUCGGUGACAGUCGUGUAAAGCAAAUCUCACUCAUGGUAAAAACGAAACAAAAAUGAAUCAUUGAAAAAAAAAAAAAAAAAAAGUUAUUUUUAUUUCUUUUUUUUUUAUGUUGCUCAUAUGUUUUAUUUGAUACUGAAUAAAAUAAAAGAAAAACCUGUGAUUAAAGGUGACUGCUUGGCAAAAUAAAAGAAUAGGCCUUUUCUGCACAAAGACUUAGACAUUUUUGACAGCUCAUAAUGUAUACAUUGUUAGACAUUUUUUUAAUGGGUUUUUUUUCCCGUUUUUUUUUUUUUCUUUUCAUUCUUUCUCGCCUAACUGUGUUGCAGUGUUGUGUCCCUUGUUGGGAUAUUUGUCUGUAAACCUUGAUUAUUAAAUAUAGAUUUAGCGUUGUAAUAAACUGUUUGCUGGGGCUGCUUGUUCAUAUGCUGUGGAGUUUCCCCCCCCCCCCCCCAUGCAUUCCUCCAAACCCGCCAGUCCCCCCCUCCUUCAUCCCUGUCCCUCAGGUUAUUUCAUACUGAAUUCUAGAACAUUCUGUCGCACUUUGGCCAGUACCAACUGGGGAGCAGGGGUGGAGGGGGUUAUGGUCUGUGUGCAAGGGUGCCUGUCAAAAAAAAAAAAAUUUCACCUCAACCAACUUCACUGCACUGUUCCAAAAUGGGGAAGGCGUAAGAACUAAACCAGUUUGGUUCUGAAAAUAUAUGCAUUUAUAGUGAUUGUCGUAACGCGAUACUACGUACUUUUACGUACCUUUUUUCUGUUUGUUCUGUGGUAGAGGUGCUUGUGUACCUUCGUGCAUACACUGUGAAUUUGCUGGAAAAUCUGGCACAUUGAUAAUCGAACACCGAAAUGUAUGUAUUUGCUGUGAACAGUGAUGUGAUUAAUGUUCUGUUUUUAAUGUUUUUUUUUUCGGGGGUUUGACUUCUGACAUGACUGCCAACGACUCUAAAUGUGUUGUUUUUUUGGGAUGAAUUGAUUUGGGGGCAACCAUGGUACUUGGACACAGACCAUAGCAUUACGCAGAAGUCAUGUUAAGUAUGUAAAUGAAGAAUGUGACACGUUUUAUAGAUGCCUUAUUUCGAGGAAAUACUUAAAGGUCUUAAGCGGUUUUCCGUUUUUCAGAUUUUUACUGUUGAUUCAAUCAAGCAUUUACCAAGCUUAAAUUUUGGUACAUUUCAAACAUUUAUUGACGAUUUGAUGAUGGGGGAAUGUUUAGAUGAAAAUGAUGGAAAUUCUCAGAACAUCAAGGUCUUUUCAUGAAUGGUCUUAACUUAAUUUAAAUUGCUCCACGCUGUUUCAGAGUCCCUCGUGUCAUUUUGAGAUAUUCAACAGUGGCUAGUUGAGUACUUUCACUGAACAUUUAAAAAAACUCUAGUACAAUCAUGGCAACUACGAGGUGAAUACCAAAAAUGGGUUUUGUAUCUAUUUAAUGCCUUCCAUUUGUCAACUUUCUAUGUCCGUGAUAUGUUUUUACCAUUGUUUUUUUAUUUAUAUUCAACUUCCCAAGCAAUUGGUAACUAUCUGUGCCUCACAGGUAUAUUAAAUCUUUGAGUUAUAACAAACUAAAAAUGUAUUUUGGGGUGUGAGAUGAUUCGGCAAAGCCAAAGCAUACCGACUAUAAUACUAGAUGCAAUUGGUGGCCAUUUUCUUUAUUGGUUAUGGGUUUUAAGGCAGAGGGUGUGGAUAGAGUGCGUAGCAUGAGGGCACAGCUCCAAGCCUCUUGCAGCCAAUCAGGUGUCAACAUUCAAGCCUUUUGUGAUGUCACACCCAGUAUCUGUUGAGAAUUUGUUUGCCCGUACCCAACUUGCUUUGUAGUGGUAGCUUCUAAUCAGAAGAUUAGAUCUGUUCUCCUGAUGUCUCCUAGUUGUAAUUAUUUACAAAAAUCCAUCAAAUUUUGUUUCUUUUGUAAAUUACGUUUUCCCUCAAUCACAGUCAUUUAACCAAUAAUGCCCUUAGAGACCUCAAUCUUGUGGAUAAAAAAAAAAAAUAGCUGACUUGGCUUCUCUACUUUUGUCCCUGCUAGCUUGUAAAUAUGAAAACUAAAAUAAGAACUUGUUUUUUGUUUUUUCAGAUGUUACUUAGAGGGUUUUAUCGUGGUUAAUUUUCACAUUUUUCAAAAAUGAAAGGUUGUCCAGUGUUGCUUCUGAACAAAGUCGGUACUUGAUGGGGCUUCCUAUCUCCUACCAUUGUAACGUGUACAGGAGAACAGGGUGGGCAUGUUUUUAAAGAUGCACUGUCCUGUUAUGUCCUUAAUAAACUAGAUUUUGCUACCUCUUGGGAACACAGGAAGUCUUUCUGAAAAUAUCUCCCUUCGUGUUUGCCCCUCAAACUUUCAGAAAUCCACCCAAUUUGUUGUGCGACAUGGUUAUUGAUGACAUUUCUGUUUUAAUUUGGCCAAAAGUGUUUUUUUUAUGGCAUUUACUCACUUGUGUGUUUGACGUCUGUAGAUGGUUAGCCCUCCCCAUGUAUAAGGGACUUUCAUAGUGAACCUGUUGAUUUGAAUCGCACUUCUGAUCUUCCUGUUUACUGUAUGAUUGUGUUGUUGCUUGGUAGUCCAGCGGACUUCAAAGUUGUCAAAACAGUCUUCCACUUGUACAUCAGUAUCGAAGGGACACCUGUGCCUGUAUUCAUAGUCUCAGGGCUGCAGCACUGAUCUCGGGUCAGUUUUGCCUUUUAGCUCAUAAUGGAUCCCGUUGGGUUAUAGACCUUGGAAAACUGCUCCCAGAUCAGCUAUUCCACUCCUGAGAUCCUAUGAACACAGGCCCUGGUUUGGGGGUGGGUUUGAUGUAGCGCAGUGGCCUCGGUUCGGUUUAAACUUGAGCAGAUGUUUCUUCUCUUGGACAUGUUGUGCAAACUUUGUGUUCAUAUUUGAAUCCUUGGGGAGAUGCCAAUUUGUAGAAACGCCGCAGUUUAAUUCUCUCUACCCAUAAUUCCUGCUUGGAUGCCAGUUCUAACGUCGAACUUUGACCCUUUAACAUGGCUGCCCAGUCCAGGGACCAGAAACUAAAAGUCCUGCCUUGUAUUUCUCCCACCCGUGAGCUGGGGAGGGUCUGAAUUUGGUAUUUUCUGAACCUGCAUCUUGCAUCUCUGCGGCUGAGCUAUUUAGUUACCUGUGAUGUUCCAAGCUUUUAUAAAUGUCUCAAAAUUGCCGUUUCAAUGGAUGUUUUGGGUUAGUUUUUCAAUAACCUGCUAGUUCGUAGAAACGGGUGUGCCACGUUAGGGUUGAAUUGAAACCCUGCAGGGCAGUAGGAACACGUUUGGGCCGCCCUGCUUUCUAAGUGACUGGUAAGGCUGUUUUUCAGCUGAAAGAACCAUGGGGUAGUUUUGUCGGCACGGUAAACUGAACAUGAAGCUUGAAGCUUGUAGCUUGUUAUCCGCCUUUGCCUCACUUCAUUGUUUUCAGUCCUCACGAACAGCGAAGCUCCAGCAUCAGGUAAGUUCUGGGUCCUCGAUCUCUGCCGAUGGAUUUCCACGGACACUGGCCAGUUUUCUGGGCUCAAUUUGGACAUCCCGGAUCUCCUUUCCUCACAGGUAAUGUGUGGUUUGACGCCACUUUUCAAACCAUACUUCCACAAGGUCUUGUCGAGACGGUAUUUGUCGGCUACUGUAACUGUUGUCUGCUAAAAGCCAUCUGAAGUUUAGAGAUCCCCAGUUUAAGCUCUUCUCCAAUCUAUAGUUUUGCACUCCUCAGAGACAAGAUUUUGAGGACGUGAGUUUGUGUUUUUACCGAAGUCCUGUAGAGUUUUUACUGUAUGCUGAUUUUACCCUCUGUUCCAAAUUAGACAUUGCAGGAUAAAAGGGGUGGUUGUAUCUUGGGGCUGAAUUCCUAAUUUUGUCUGUUCUGCAAAGGCUUAGCCAUGUUUCUGUCUUGCGAAUGUGGAACUGUGCAUCCAGUCCCACCACUGUAGACCAUAUAUCCUGUGUCAUCUUUGCCAUGUCUUUCCUGGUAUUUAAAUAAGCUCAUACAGAGCAUUACCAGGUUGCACUGAACUUGAUGUGCUAAAAUCUUCUAGCGUGUCAUUUUUUAGCAUGUCCAUGUCCAUGUGUUGUUAAGGACAACCCCUUGUGUUACUGUCUACAGUGUUUAAAAGUCUCCUUUUGUAACACAAGUUACAUAUUUGCCAUGUGGAAGUAGUAACUUUGACACAAAAUCUGUUGAAAGUAACACAAAAGUAAUGACAGGAGUGUUUUUAAUAUUAACUUUUUGAGUGUAUGGCUCCUUGCCACCCUUUUGCAUUUAUUACCUUUACAUUUUUAUGACUACCCCCUUUGCACCACACUAAAUAAAAGUUAUUUCAUAAAAAUA